UUUCAACUUUCAGCUGUCAACUUCGACUCCAGACUUCAUCGACUUCAGACUUCAAAUCAGUCUCGUCUUCCAUUUCGACGCAACCAUGGAGCAUGGUCAAAGUGGCUUCUAGCUCGCACUGCUUCUUACACCGAUAAUUUGUCAUCUGGCAAAUCAACUUCCAUGUACUACAAUUGGACAUGCACCGUCACAAUGUCCUCCCACUCUCGACCGCGCUUCUCGUCGCGGCUAACCUCCUCAUACCCGUCGCAAUCAUCCUCUUUGCCAUUGGGUUCUUCCCCUAUAAACCGUUUUUACCUGGCCUAGCCGAGUAUAAGUCCUUCGAAUAUGGCCCUCCCCCUCAAGCGCCCUUCGACCGUCUCAUAUUCAUGGUCAUCGAUGCUUUGCGCAGCGACUUCGUCUUUACAAAUAACUCGGGUUUCCAAUUUACGCAAGGGUUGAUCUCCGAUGGUGUUGCUAUCCCUUUUACUGCCCAUGCCACCUCGCCGACUAUUACGAUGCCUCGGAUCAAGGCUAUUACUACCGGCUCUACCCCCUCUUUUCUCGAUGCUAUACUAAGUUUCGACGAAGCCGACACGUCUUCUACCCUCGCCGUCCAAGAUACUUGGCUUGCCCAAAUGAAGGCGAAGAAGGAAGGAAAGCUAGUCAUGUACGGCGAUGAUACAUGGCUGAAAUUAUUCCCCGGCAUCUUCGAUCGAGCCGAUGGUACUUCGAGCUUCUUCGUUUCGGACUUUACAGAAGUUGACAACAACGUGACAAGGCACAUACCCGACGAGCUGCGCAACGAUGACUGGAAUACGAUGGUCCUUCAUUACCUCGGCCUCGAUCAUAUCGGCCACAAAACUGGUCCCCGAGGCCCGAAUAUGAUUCCGAAGCAGCAUGAAAUGGAUGGGAUUGUUCGCAUGAUUUACGAGGCCAUGCAGACACAGCCGCACCUCCAGUCGACGUUACUAGUUUUCUGCGGCGAUCAUGGUAUGAAUGAUGCCGGAAAUCAUGGCGCCUCCUCCCCCGGGGAGACUUCAGCAGCUCUGGUGUUUGUGUCGCCUAAGUUGAAGUCCAUUUCCAAACCCGUCAAAGUCCCGGCAGAAUUCGUCGAAGAUUUUCAGCUUUAUAACGUUGUCGAGCAAUCCGAUCUCGCCCCCACUCUGGCCGCUUUACUCGGGUUCCCCGUGCCAAAGAAUAGCUUGGGCUCUUUUAUACUGGAAUUUCUACCCUUUUGGUCAGAGAGACAUGAUAAGCGCCAGAUUCUUCUGCGAAAUGCAAGACAAAUUCUUGACAUUGUAGCCGCGACUUAUAUCAGCUCCUCGCCCACUGGAGGGCAAUACAACCUAGAUUGUGCUCGCCCCGGUUCGGUUGGCGAAGAACUAAUCUGUGAAUGGCAAAACAUCAGCAUAUCCGUUGAUAAGACACCAGUAGGAGAUAUGGACGAUGGCUGGAUUACAGAUGCAUCGAAGUGGCUAUAUAAGGCGCAGGCAUUAAUGAGCAGCGUGGCUAGCAAUUAUGAUAUGUCUAUGCUGGCUUGUGGUGGAGUGACCACGGCGUUGGCCUCCACCUUGGCUAUGUAUGUCCUCUCGACCUCAACUUCUACGACGGCUUUAAGUCUGGCGCCAUUCGUUCUCAUUACCGUGCUAUACGGCGUAAUGAUGUUUGCUAGUAGCUAUGUUGAAGAGGAACAACAUUUUUGGUACUGGGCUACGUCCGCGUGGUUACUUUACCUGACUAUCAGAUCAAAUCUAAGGAUGCCGCGUAAGUCUCUUGCCAUGGGCCUAAUUGCCCUUGGCUCUAUGAGACUUGUUCGCGGAUGGAACCAGACUGGACAGAAAUUCGCCGGAGAACCCGACGUUGUGACCAGCUUUGUUGCGGCGAACCCGCCGCUACUUUGGUGCCUUGUCACUGCGACGUACGCGCUGGUUACGUUUGAACUAUUUAAUGGCCUUGGGGAUAUUCCGGCUGUCGUCUCGGGGUCCGUAGCUUCAGGGCUCGCGACGUCUGCGAUCUCCUUUAAACUCGCUUUCACCAAUGAAGAUGCGCCUGAAUUGGUCGUUGGGCUUGCGAGGACACUUGUGGACAUAUUUGAUGGACCGUCACUCGUGAACCGGGCACGAGCAGUCUUCCUUGGCCUUGGGCUUACUUCGAUAUACCCUCUGUAUAGCCUCUUACUGUCGGAAAAUAAGUCUUCCAAGGAGAAGGCAAUGCGCACUUUACAUCAUUUGUAUACGUUGUUCGCGUUAACACAAUCCCGAGUGACUAACAUACCACUCUUCCUGCUGUUUCAAGCUAUAUAUUUGUGCUUAAGCGGCCUUCGUUUAGACGUAACCGAAAUCACAACAUCCUCGCUACUCUUACAGUUCUCUUCUUUCUUCGCAAUGGGAGGCUCGAAUGCGAUCUCUGGUGUGGAUCUGUCGAGCGCGUACAAUGGCGUUAGCGGUUUCAACAUCAUUGCCGUGGGGAUCUUGACGUUUGUUAGCAAUUGGGCAGCUCCAGUGUGGUGGACGUCGGCUUUGAAUUUGCUACUGAUUCAGAAAAGACAACCAGCAGAAUACGGCUCCCAUUCCGUGUACCGACAACACACGGCAAUAUUAACCGUAUUCGUUACGGUGACUCUUGGGUUCGUGAUGAUGGCAUGCACGGCCCUGAGAACGCACCUGUUUAUCUGGACGGUAUUUUCGCCAAAGUAUUUAUAUAGCAUGGCUUGGACCUUAGGUCAGCAUAUGGUUAUUAACGUGGCGUUUGGUGGUCUCCUAUAUUGGCUUGGUCGCACAUGAAUGCAUGUACCUACAUACAUACCUAUAUAGAAAGAUUGGCAGGUCGAUGGUUCGACCUACAUAUUAGUUAGUCAAAUGACUAACGGGGAUUAGAAAAGGGGAAGCUUAGAUCUGAGUCAAAGGGUAUUAAUCGUAUAUCCCCUAUGAUACAUAGCACCAUAUGCUUAUAUACUUGAUGAUCAACUCA